AUGUUGAAUGGCGAAACUCCUCGUGAACCGUUUCACUCCGCAUUGAUAGACCAUAUGAGAGAUGCCAAUGUAGUUAUUCAAGAGCAGGAGGCGUAUUUAUCGAAUCUCCGACAGCAGUAUGCAUGUAUUCAGCAGGAACUGAAAGAGUUGACGGAGGAGCUAUUGCAGAAGGGUCUUCAACCUAAUCUUGCCUUACUACGAGAAAAAAGUCAGCAACUGUCAACUGUAUUUAAUGCGGUGGACCAGUUGGAGAAAAGCAUGGAUAAUAUACAUGAGUCUAUCCUCACUUUAUUUGCUACUGUAAAUGCAAUUGAUAGUGCCCCAGAUGUGGCAGGGAAGGCAUCUUCAUUUUUUGCCUCCAUUGGGAUUUCAUUGAAGAGUGAACGGGCGAAUGCGGGAUUGUGGUCUCGUGUUCCUUCGUAUCCAAUGUUAAAGGGCCGCACUCCAAGGGAGUUCCUUGAGAAGACACAUAAUGUUUUUGCGCCGCUUUACGCUAUCGAAAAUUCCUGA